UGUCGCGGGUUUCGGAGGUUGAUUUGGUGUCGGUCCGUCGAGAUAUUUGAUGUAAAAUCGUGUUCCGUCGCUCGCCAUUACCAUUUCAUCGUAAGAAAACAUUCGGCGAUUUUGGUUGUUUGCGUCGAUUUUUUUAUUUAAAAAAAAUAUAUAUAAAAAAUGUCACUUCUUACCUCAAUUUGUGUCUUUUUGACAAUUUCCUCAUCAUUCGUGGAUUCAUCUCGUAUAUUAUGUUUCUUCCCAAAUCCGAGCAAAUCUCACGUUUUACUUGCCAUGCCAAUUUGUGACGAAUUAGCUGCCAGAGGACAUCAAGUUAUUUCUGUUACAAAUUUCAAAUUCAAAAAUUCAUCUCCCAACAUUCGUCAAAUUUUCAUCGAAAGACCCGGAUUUGAAGCAGAUCUCUUUGGAAAAUUAUCUUCGGGCGAAACCAAACCUUCCCCGACGUUUUUCAAGCAAGUCAGCGAUCAAUAUCGAGGAGAUGCCAUUGCAACAUUCCAAUCUGCGGAAUUUCAAAAAAUAAUGAAAACCGAAAAAUUCGACUUGGUUUUCUUCAUUCCUGUAUUUUUCAAUAAUGUUCAACUCGGGAUUGCGGAUCAUUUUAAGGCGCCAUGGAUUGGAUUGUCAACUGUUGGAAAUUCGCUUGGAAUUCGCCAUUUUACGGGAUCUCUUUCGCUCCCGGCGACUGUUCCGAGCUUUUUUAUGCACAUGCAUGGGAAAAUGUCGUUCGUUGAACGUGUGAAAAAUUUUCUCUUCAUAAUUUUGGAAUAUUUUAUGACUUUUUACAUGGAUCGCAUUCAACGCGCCGAAUACUCGGAACAUUUUCCCGCCAAAAAAUAUCGAUCUUAUGAUGAAAUGAUCGCCAAUAACUCUCUAAUUUUCCUGAAUCAACAUUUUGCCGAUACGGAAAUCAUUCGCCCGCUUCUUCCGAACGAAGUUGAAAUCGGCGGGAUUCAAAUUAAAACGAAACCUUCGCCAUUGGAGGGAGAAUUGCGUGAAUUUUUGGAUAAUUCAACGCAUGGCGCCAUUUUGUGGACUUUUGGAUCGAAUCUUCCCGUUUCAACAACGCAACCAGAUAAAGUUGACAUCAUGCUAAAAGUUCUGUCGCGACGUAAGGAACGAGUUGUCAUGCGAUGGGAAAGCGAUGAUUUCUCGAGAUUGCCCAAAAAUGCUCUCGGCGUCAAAUGGUUGCCGCAAGAUUCGAUUUUAGCACAUCCGAAGGUCAAAUUGUUCAUUGGGCAUGGCGGUUUGGGAGGCGUUGGAGAGGCAAAAUAUCAUCAAGUACCGAUUUUGGGAUUUCCGUUCUUUGGAGAUCAAGAUGGAAAUGUGCAGAAAAUUACGCAGGAAGGAUGGGGACGAGGCAUGAAGUUGUUUAAUGUGACAGAAGAAGCGUUUGAGGAGAUUUUGAAUGAUUUGUUGACGAAUAAAAAAUAUCGUGAAAACGUGAAGAAAUAUUCCGACAAAUAUCGUGACAGAAUCGCUUCAGCACUCAAUACUGCCGUAUUUUGGGUCGAAUAUGUCUUGAAACAUCAUGGAGCGCCUCAUCUCCAAUAUCCCGGCAAAGAUUUGAACUUCAUUCAACGUCACUCUUUGGAUGUUUUAGGACUCUUUUCAAUAAUUUUCAUCGUAAUUUUAAAAUUUUUCGCAUUUCUCUUCGGAAUUUGUUGCGGCAAAAAAAGCAAAAUAGCUCAAGUGAAAGCCGACAAGAAGAAAAAAUAAAAAAAAUUCAACAAAAAAUUAAGGUUAAGGGAAAAAAUUACAAAAAUAAAUAAAAUAAGUGCCUUUAAAAAUUUAAUAAAAAAAUAAAAAAAAAUUUCUCCGUGUCGGGGAGUCGAACCCCGCUCUCCCGCGUGACAGGCGGGGAUACUAACCGAUAUACUAACACGGAAUGUUGAGUGUUGUUUGUCAAAAGCCGUACAAGAAAGCGUCUUUCGUGUUUGUAUGAGGUACAGAAGCGAUUUUGCGUCGCUAUAUCAAAUGAUACACGACAAUGGAGGGCGCGACAAUACAAAUGACGUGGCAAUCUAAGCAACUUCUUUCAACAUUCCGUGUUAGUAUAUCGGUUAGUAUC